AUGGAUGCAGUAGAGUUCCCCGUCACCCUACCAAACCAGCCCAAGGUCCAGGCUGUGAUCGACCACGCCAAGUGGGUCUACGUUGUUGCCAGCUUGGCUGUGGGCCUCGCCACAAACUCCCUUCCCUACACACUCUACACCUUCCUUGCGUUGGUGGCAGCCACCAUAGUGGCCGUGGGCCCCAAUUGGCCAUGGUUCAAGUCGGAGCCAAGCAUCGAGUGGUUGCAGGUGCGCAUAUAG